AUGCCUUUGACAACACCGGUGCUCACCGUUGACGCGGACAAUAUUCAUAAGGUGGACACUGCCAAUGCUCAAAGUCUCCAUGGAAUGUGGAUGGUAUUUUCAAAAUGUGCCGACUAUAUGGACCAGGGCCGUCGACUUGAAAACCUGAGCUGGCGGCUGUGGACACGCGAAACCUUCUGUGUUGAGCCUGGGAAGUCCAACAGCACUUCCGCUAAACCAUUGCUACGUUCCGAAGCUGGGGAUCUGCCGGAGCUCUCCGCCAGCGUUGAAUCGGCCGCGUCCGACCAAGCCGAGCGGAUCGAAGCUCACAUCAAACGCCCUAAAUGCUCCGAUUACCGACCUGCUGUCGUCCGCGAGGAUUCGAUGGCCAGUCUCGGCCGUGGCAAGGAGAAGCACAUUACAUCGUUGGAUCUGGAACGAAUGGUCCUCAACAUCAAGGAAAAGAAGCAGCUGGAGCCCAUAGACCCUCCCGUCGAACCUGCUGCGCCUGUCGUCGAUAUUACUCCACGCCCAUCUACUCCCACUCCUGCUCCUGUUCCGUCCACCCUUCGACAGGUCCCUCACUUCAUCCGACCCACUCCUUAUCCUCGCGAGUCUACCGAGUCUUGCUCGACUACUGCCCCCGAAGGCAAUGAGAGCGAUACUGCACAAGUCAAUCAUGCGUCCGAUACAAGUGUUUCGUCCUCAGGUGUACUUCCAAGCAGAUCCGAAUUGAUCAAGUCUCCUAGCAUUGUUCGUGGAUUUUCGCCAUCGCACAUCUCAUCUUCCUUCCGAUCGCAGCCGAGAUUGUCCAUCGACCCCAGUCCUUCUCGCUCCGCCACUCAGAUGAGGCCAUCCCCAUUGAAGAAAAAGGGCGGCAUGUUUACGUUGGGUGGAUCCUCUGGAGAUGAUGAUGAGAGCUCCUUCGAAGAGCGCAUGGUCCCACAGACGGCUCAAGAGAAUGCGACCGGUGGAUUGAAGCCAAGGAACACCAACCCGAACUCAACGAAAAAGACUGCUUCUUUCAGCAACCAGGUCUCAUCCCAUAUUAUUCCUAACUGCAAGGACCUCAGCCGAUCCGAUGAAGACGCCAUUGAAACCGACGACGAGGUCUCGGAAAGCGCCAUCGAGGAUGAUGAGGAUGACGAUUGGGAGGACUCAGUGACCGAGGGUGGCGAGUCCAGUGUCGACGACCACGGAGAGAUGUUCCAGCGGGUCGAUUCCAGGCCAAAUCUCGUUUCUCGCCGCUCGAUGCUCACUAUGAUGAUGCACCAGCCAACCCGCAUGCAAAGUAAUGCGUUCCGGUCCAGCCCUGCACUGCAGCGAUCAAGAUUGACAUCACCAAAUGGUCCAUCCGUUCCCCAGUCUCCAGCCCAGGAUGAAGAAAGCCUGACUAUGCGUGGCCCCGAUGUUCCUCGGUCGAAGCCUAUCGGUAUGAAGCCAAUUCCUGGGCAGUCGAUGGCUCACUCCCCACGGACCACUCGCCGUAACAUGCUUGCGACUGAAUUGACUGAGUCUCUCCGUCGACACCUUCUUUGGGAGCGCCAGCAGAAAAGUGCGACUGCGAACGCCUUCCUCAAGCGUCGCCACACUGCCCACGAUAUGAAAAAUCUCCAGGAGUACCCAGGUCCUAAGGGUCCGCACAAGGGUGUUGGUCCAAAACAGUCGAGUGCUGAAGCAGACCCGAAUGCCAACUUCGAUCUCGGCAAAAAUGGCUCGUGGACCAACUAUACCACUGACUACGGUCCUUGGGAGUAUCAUGUGAAGGGAUGGUAG